CUUUAAAGUCUCCUGAUGACGGCAGACUUCCUGCUGCAGCUGAAGGUGAUCGUGUGUCCGGUGAUCAGCCCCUCCCCCCCCCCCUCCUCUCUGCAGUCAGAGUGCAGCAGACUGCAGUCUCUCCUCCUCUCUCCUCCCUGCAGGUGGACCAGCACGAUGGCCUUCGUCUCAGUUUUUGCGUUUCUGACGCUCGCCGUCGCGGCUGAAGGAAACGUCGGACCGAGCAGCAACAGAAGCUUCUGCACCGAGUCCAAGGAGUGCCUGGAGUAUCAGCUGGUCUGCAAGACAGACGAAUAUGAGGUGCGACACUACAGUCCGACCCGCUGGGUGUCCACAGAUGCAGAGGCGUAUUUCAUGGGAGUGGGAGCAGCGAUGGCCUUCAGGAGACUCUUCCAGUUCAUCACCGGGGCCAACGUGGGGGGAGUCCAGAUGGAGAUGACCGCCCCCGUCCUGGUGAAGAUCCCGGAGGAUACCAGGAUGUGGGAACCAGCCGUCUACACCCUCAGCUUCCCGCUGCCGGCAGCCUAUCAGGAAGAGCCGCCGGCGCCAACCAAUGACAAGCUGUACUUCACAGAGAUGCCGGAGAUGGAUGUGUAUGUGCGGGGGUACGGGGGCUGGAUGCUGUCCGUCACCUCCCGGCUUCACGCCCACCUCCUGACCAAAGAGCUGGGCAGGGUGGGCGCCUCGUACAACCGCAGCUACCACUACGGAGUGGGGUACGACAGUCCCUUGAAGCUGUUGAACAGGCACAACGAGGUGUGGUACGUGUCCGAGGGGGAUGUAGUUUGCUCGGAUCCUCAGCAGCCGACCCCCCCUCACACCCCCGGGCCGACCCCUUCCCCCUCCCCCACAGUCCCCGCCUCCCCCCCCCUCACACACACAUUCUCCGACUCCCCCGUCCUCCCACACACACUCUCCGACUCCCCCGUCCUAAACCCCGCCUCCAACCUGUCCUCAGAGUCCAACUCCUCCGACCCCUCUGCCCUCCCCCAAUCUGAAGCCAGUCCUUCGUCCAGCGGCCCCUCCACCUUCAUCCUGCAGGAUCCAACCACCAUUCCCCCACGGAACACUUCCAACCCCCCAGGGAACAGCACCACCCUGCUGCCCGACGCCCCCCCAGGGAACAGCACCACCCUGCUGCCCGACGCCCCCCCAGGGAACAGCACCAGCCUGCUGCCCGACGCCCCCCCAGGGAACAGCACCAGCCUGCUGCCCGACGCCCCACCAGGGAACAGCACCACCCUGCUGCCCGAUUCCCCCCCGGGUAACAGCACCACCCUGCUCCCCGACGCCCCCCCUGGGAACAGCACCACCCUGCUGCCCGACGCCCCCCCUGGUGACAGCACCACCCCCCCAGGGAACAGCACCACCCUCCUCCCCUCCCUCACCUCUAGGGGGCCAUCAGCUGACGCCCCCCCAGAGGAGGCUCACUAGCAACACUCACAUUUGAAUAUAAAGGAUUAAUCCACAAUCAGAUAUGACCAUUUAUCCAUCAGUUACUCCCCCGUUUUACUGUCGUUGAGAAAAAACCCCACUGACAGAUCAACGAGAAACCGGAGCAGUGGAUGCAGUCCUGUUCUUACCCAUCAUCAAGCUGACGCUUUCACCCAGAGCCACUUACAGUAAGUGCAAAACCCAUAAAGAAUCAAACUCCGAACAACAAGGAAAGUGCAGAUAUAUUCACCUCCAGCGAGUCAUAGGCAAGUGCUGGUGAAUCAGAAACAAGGCCUACAUUCACUUUUUAAAAAUUUUUGUGUCCGCCCUGGUCUCUGUCCGGAGCUCAUUCCACCAUUUAGGAGCCAGGGUAGCAAACCGUUUUCUUUCACAGCCUCACAUUCUCUUCCUGUCCUAAUUAUUAACAUCUACUGCUUUCAGGGUCACAGUGACAUUUCCCUUCUUGGGGGAUUUAUUUUAUCCCCACGUUGGGUGCCAUGUGACAUGAUAGACAGGCCUUAUUGUGGGUGUUUAUUCAAUUUCUCAGAAUUUAAAUAUAAAGUUCCUAAACAUAUGUAAAACCCGCCAGAUUCGACAGGAGAUACGAGUAUUAUUCAGGAGGUGCUGGGUUAUGAGGCAGCUUUCCAGUAUCAAAGGUUACCCCAUUCAUCAGGACUUUUCCCUUUUCUUUGGAUCGUUUGCUACGGAGACAUUCGUUUUCUUCCAGAGUUGAGAUACACACGGGGAGUAACUGAUGUAUAAAUGAUCAUUUUGUGGUGAGGUUUAGCUUCAAGCAGCUGCAUUAACACAAUCAGAAGAGAGGCGGUGGAGGUGAGACUCACUCAGUGUUGAAAUCACAGCUGCAGCGUAUCAUAUCCAGAAUAUCCAUAGAGAUGUAUGUAUUAGUUAUCUAGAGUCCAGGCACCCUAACAUCCCUGAAAGUAAUAACUGAGAUGUGUAUUAAAGUGUUGUGGAGCAAUAUUCCCAGUAUCAAUCAGAGGAAGUGGUUUCAGUCUUCAGCCACGACUUCCUCCUCCUCUCUGUUUGGCUCUCUAAAAUCGCUCUUUAUUAUAAAGGUAUUGGGAUCUUUGGUGCAGACUUCAAUUAACAAAAUAGUGCACGGCUCUGUGUAAAAACAUUAUAGUAUUAGUGCUGUAAAUAUGUUGGCCUUAUGGAUUAUAAAACUGUCUCAAAAUGUUCAAUAAUUACAUCAAUUAACGUAUUUAUUACUAACUAAUCCGGGUCAAUGACACCCGAUUCAUUCAAGACAUUCAUUUGUUUUAAAUAUAAUCAAAUAAAUGUAAGGAAACGAGAAGAAAGAACAGAAUCCCUAACAGCAAACUGUAGAAAAACAGAAACCCUGCAAGUUCUUUUUUCAAUUAAAUGUUUAAUGUUUUAUCAAUAAAUUCAAUGUUGAAUUUCAGUUUUCUCA